AUGUCAAAGUUUGACCUAAUUAGGGAGAAUCUAUUCCUUGGCGAUUUCCACGCGGCUGCUGAAGUUCUCCAGAAUGGUAGCUCAGAGAUUUCACAUGUUCUAACAGUUCUUCACUGCCCUUCGAUAUCAACUUUUGAGGAAUGGCGUAACGUGAAAUUAGAAUCGAAAAUAAUCAAAGAAGUCUAUGUGGGUGAUGAUGACGAUGAACAAGGCAGAGAGUAUGCGACUGAGAGCUCGUUGGCAUCAGGAAAUCUUCUGUAUUCUCUGGAGCAUACAGGGCAAGAUCUCAAGAUCACAAGAAUGUCUGUGUUUGCUCAUGAUCAUCACUGGGAGAAUCUACUUGAUUUCUUCGAUCUUUGCUUAGAUUUCAUCGAUGCUGGUCGCAGAGACAAAGGUGUUUUAGUUCAUUGCUUUGCUGGACAAUCUCGGAGUGCUUCUUUUGUCAUUGCAUAUCUUAUGAGAAACGAAAAGUUGUCUCGCCAAGGUCGACCGUUCAAGCCCUAUGUACAAACGCUUCCGUCUAAAAGCUUUACUGCUUUAGGUUAUCUAUAUAGCAAAGAUAAGAAAUUAGACAAAUCGAAGUUGAGGGGUGAUCCAGAAAUGUCGAAGAUUGAGAGUAGUGGUACUACUACGUACCAGUGCAAGAAAUGUAGGAGAGUUGUGUUGUUGGAAGAGCAAGUGAUGAGUCAUACUCGAGGUGAGGCUGAUCAAGAGUUCGAUGUCAUGUUUCCAAACAUGAUUGGAGAUGUCCACAACAAGAAUCCUGGCGGCGAGGAGACGCAAUUGGAAGUUGAUGUCUCGGAAGGGAAGUUGAUGUGUCCGGAGUGUAAAGCUAGGAUUGGAAGCUUUCAUUGGUCAGGAAGUUAUUGUAGCUGCGGAAGCAAGAUUGUUCCGGCCUUUCAGCUUCAAAUGAGCCGCGUCGGUGUUAUCACUGUCAAAAAUGACAAGAACAAGAAGAAGAAGAAGCACUUGAAGAAAAGAACACAAGCUUGGAUUUUUUGCUGUGAUUCGGAAUAUAAGCUUUGUUUUUUUUUUUUUUUUCUGCAUGGAAUCUGA